UGUACAUAAAAGUGGAAAAAAGGAUGGACUGUUCAAAGAAAAUCUUCUGUUACGUGGAUGUACCAUUAGAAAUACAGAAGAGGUUGCAGGAAUAGUAAUCUAUGCAGGGCAUGAGACCAAAGCCUUGUUAAAUAAUAAUGGACCCCGUUACAAACGCAGUAAGCUUGAAAGACAGAUGAAUGCCGACGUCCUUUGGUGUGUCCUCAUACUUCUAAUCAUGUGUCUGUUUUCUGCCAUCGGUCACGGCCUAUGGGUUUGGCAAUAUGGUGAAAAGAGGAAACCAAUUUUUGAUGUUCCAGAGCCUGAUGGCAAAUAUUUGUCUCCUGUUUUAGCUUCAGUAUAUUUAUUUCUGACAGUGAUCAUAGUUUUCCAGGUUCUGAUUCCAAUUUCUUUGUAUGUAUCCAUUGAAAUAGUUAAAAUCUGCCAAGUCUACUUUAUUCAUCAAGAUAAAGAUUUAUACGAUGAAGAAACAGACUCUCAGCUGCAGUGCCGAGCUUUAAAUAUCACAGAAGACUUAGGUCAGGUGCAGUUUAUCUUUUCAGACAAGACUGGGACACUUACUGAAAACAAGAUGGUUUUCCGAAGAUGCACCGUUUCUGGAACAGAGUAUUCCCAUGACGAUAAUGCCAAACGCUUAGCAAUGUACCAAGAACUUGAUUCUGAGGAAGAUGAGUCAGCCCCAAAAGGAGGAACUCUAUCCCAGCGGGAUAGUAUCUGCAGCCAUCAGAGCAUCAAGGUAGUCCACAGAAGCCAGAGCACCAAAACCCACCGACGCACGGGUAGCAGAGCUGAAGCAAAAAGAGCAAGCAUACUCUCAAAGCACACUGCAUUCAGUAGCCCAAUGGAGAAGGACAUCACGCCUGACCCAAGGUUAUUAGAAAAGGUGAAUGAAUGUGCAAAGCAUCUGGAAGUCAUGAGGAGCCAUGAGCAGCCAUUAUCCCAUUUGAGUCCAGAACUAUGUGACAUUUUUGACUUCUUCAUUGCUUUGACUAUAUGUAAUACAGUUGUGGUUACUGCACCAAAUCAGCCCCGACAGAAGGUUAGAGAUCGAUUUGAACUAAAAUCUCCAGUAAAAACAAUAGAAGACUUCAUACGAAGAUUCACUCCAAGUCGCUUGACCUCUGGAUCUAACAGCAGCAGUUCUUCUAGUCUAGCUACAAGCAAAUCAAUGCACAGAUUUGGUUUAAGUGUGCUUUCAUCUACAUCUACAGAUAGCACUUUAUUAAAACUGGAAGAGAAGCUAGCAUACUCUGCGCAGAUGAAUAACAAUGGCUACAGCUCCCAGCAAGGCCGUACAGCUGUGGGGAGUGGACCUGAGGAAGGAGAACUCCGUUAUGAAGCAGAGAGUCCAGAUGAAGCUGCUCUCGUCUAUGCAGCAAGGGCAUAUAACUGUUCUCUGGUUGGAAGGCUGUCUGACCAGGUAUCAGUGGAGCUACCUCACCUGGGAACAUUAAGCUUUGAAGUAUUACAUACAUUGGGCUUUGAUUCCGUCAGGAAGAGGAUGUCAGUAGUGGUCAGACAUCCUCUCACAGAUGAAAUAAAUGUUUACACUAAAGGAGCAGAUUCAGUUAUUAUGGAUCUUCUUCUACCCUGCUCUUCAGAUGGCCCUCGGGGUAAACAUCAAAAAAAAAUCCAAAGCAAAACCCAGAAUUACCUUAAUCUGUAUGCUGUAGAUGGGCUGCGGACCCUCUGUAUUGCAAAAAGAGUUCUCAGCAAGGAAGAGUAUGCCUGUUGGUUAAAAAGUCAUUUAGAAGCAGAAUCCUCUAUUGAAAAUCGUGAAGAACUUCUGUUUCAGUCAGCACUGCGGAUAGAGAAGAAUCUGCAUCUGCUAGGUGCAACUGGCAUUGAAGACCGUUUACAGGAUGGUGUUCCAGAAACCAUUGCAAACUUGCGCAAAGCUGGGUUGCAGAUUUGGGUUCUUACUGGAGACAAGCAAGAAACAGCUGUUAAUAUUGCAUAUGCCUGCAAGCUACUAGAUCACGAUGAAGAAAUCAUCACUUUGAAUGCUGAAUCACCAGAGACAUGUGCUGUCUUGCUGGAACAGUGUCUGCAAUGCGUAGAGUCUAAAUUUUCAAACAACAGAAUAGAUGAAGCUACUGGAAACAUGACUAUUGGGUUCACGCCUCUCUAUCCACCUUCUUCCUGUGUGCUUUCCAGCUUGGGCCUAGUGAUUGAUGGAAGGACUCUAGCUUAUGCCCUGGAACCUACACUAGAAGAUAAAUUUCUUGCACUAGCCAAACGAUGCCGUUCAGUAUUGUGUUGUCGCUCUACCCCACUCCAAAAGAGCAUGGUAGUGAAACUAGUCAGAGACAAACUCAAAGCAAUGACUUUGGCCAUAGGUGAUGGUGCUAAUGAUGUCAGCAUGAUCCAAGUGGCAGAUGUUGGCGUGGGGAUCUCUGGUCAAGAAGGCAUGCAGGCGGUGAUGGCAAGCGACUUUGCAAUCCCAAGGUUCCGGCAUUUGGAGAAGCUCUUGCUUGUUCAUGGCCACUGGUGUUAUUCCCGACUCGCCAACAUGGUGCUGUAUUUCUUCUACAAAAAUGCA